AUGGCGACGGGUACCCGGCCAAAGAUCCGACCUCUGCCGGUAAAGCCUACCCAGGCUGAGAAAGCCGCCAAAGCCGCCAAACUACAGGCUGAGAGGGAGGCAAAGAAGGCCGAGAAGGCAGCAGCGAAGGCUGUAAAUGAUGCAAAGAAGGCUGCAGAGAAGGCCAAGAAGGACGCAGUUAAAGCUGAAGCGAAGACCAAGAGGGAUGCAGAGAAGGCUGCAGCAAAGGCCGCGAAGGCUGCCGACACCAAAAGCAGCGCAAAGAGCGCACCUGCCGCAAAGACUAAAACUACCAAAAUCACCAAGGUCGCAAAGAUCGUAAAGGUCGUAAAGGUCGCGAAGGCUGCGAAGGCUGCGAAGGUCGCCAAAACCACCAAGAAGGCGAAAGCUGCAAAGAGAGUUGGCGCAGCUACCGUGCAACCUCGAGCAAAUCAAUACGGCGAAGACGGUGAUGAUGAUGAAGAAAAAGAUGGGGAAAACGAAGAACAUCAAGGUAAACCACAGGCCAAGAGGCGCAGGAUUGAGACUUCAGGUCUUCGCAGACCUUAUGUAGAAGUCAGCGCUCCUAAAGCAAAGCGUCCAGCUUUCCAAAUUGGGGAAUGGGAUUACAUGAUGAAAACAUAUAUCCCAAAAGGUCUGGAGAACGAAAAUAACAGACCUCUACCACACAUCUAUAUCGGAGGCACUGCACCACAGCCUCGUUGGGUGAUCACUCAAAACGAGACCAUACAGCUCCCUACCAAGCGAGGAACUGACUCAAAUGCCAGCCCCGGGAGUAGGGAGAGAUGGGAGUUUGGAGGUUUACAGUGGACCUUUGAAGAAGGCGACUUCCAGAAGUGGACCGGGCUGGAAUACCCAGCUCUUUACGAACUUGCGUUCUUGUGCCUCGAAUACACGCUCACUGAUACAAAUAUCCGAGAGCAGGUCUAUGAUUCCCUAGCUAAGGGCCCCUUGCCCAAGGAGGCGACCGAAGGGGACAGAUGGUAUCCAGCUCUGCCGCCAAUUCCCAUCACAAGGCACUUUGUGACAGGAUCCACCACGCAAACUAGUCGAAAAUCAAGCGAUGCAAGCUUUUAUUUCGGAAGUUAUGAGCGUCCAAACAUGGCAGCUCGACCUCGUGAUGAACGUCUUGCGCAGCUGUAUCCGCAGGCCGUGGCUUCCAGUCUAUACAAUAGACCGACAUUCGAGAGAUGGCCAACUGCCCCGCGCUCUGCAAGUCCGGACCCAGAAAGCGAGGAUGGCAGCGAAGAAGAUCAGUCAGUCGACUCCAGCACUUCUAUGACAGGGGAGCCUUACCUGGAACGAAAUCCAGAGGACACUUUCUCCGAACCAACAGAAACUCUAUCUCUCCAAAACGAGCAGAGCACCAAGCAGAACAUCAAGCAGGACGUCGAGCAGGACAGCGAAGAUGGACAGUCAGCCAGGUCCAGGGUGUCGUCUGUGUCCGGGGAGCUUGAUCUGGAGUUAAUUCAAGAGGGCACUUAUUCGGAACCGACAACCCCUGUAUCUCUUGGAAACGAUGAGAAGAAUGCACGACUUGACAAAAUCUCGGAAGAUGGUUCAAUCUUUGGCGACGGCGAUGAUUCGGAUGAUAACGCUCGGGUUGAGCCCAACUCAGCCCGAGACUCUCGAGAACAAUCACCUAACAGUAUUUUCUCUGGCUCCGGCUCCGAUAGCGAGGUCAGCGCUUCUUCCAAGACCGGUCAGCCUGGUAAUCUCAACGUCGCUGACGAUAAUAGCGCCCAACCGACAAAUAGCCUGACCCCAGUAUACCAUGAUGGCCUCUUCAGCCCUGGACAGAUUGAGAGGUAUUAUAGCGAGAGGAAAAGAGUUUUUGAACAAGAAAGGUUAGGCGGACUUGAACAUCACGAAGCGCCAGAACGAAACAGCCAAGCACAACCGUCACCAAAUUCUAAGCCGGACAUAUCCGGGCAAAUCAGAGCCACAAUGGAGAGAAGAAGUUUCGAAAGAGAAGGACUUGUAGAGUCAAGCAAACGAAGCCAGGUGGAGUCGCCAUCAGCACCAUCACCACCCGCGACACGAAGGAAGACAACGGCUGAGAUCGGGGUGGAUAACGUUAUGUCAUUCGCAGAGGCAUUACAACAACAGCGGAACGAAAUGCGAGCCGCUGCAGCGGAGAAAAUAUCAGACAAACCACCGGUGGCACUGUUAAAGAAGGCUACGCCAAAUCGAGCAGGUGCAAGAUCGCAGGCGGACGCACCUAGUCCUGAGAUUUUGCCUAAUCUGCAAGACAAGUUCCUGGAACAGACCAAGGCAUAUCUCAAUGAUCCAAUUCAGAGGGCGAGGCAUUUCCCUGACCCUCUUGCUGUCCGCCGAGUCAGAGUGUGGGCAGGGGAGGAAUUGGUGGGCCAUGAAAUCAAACCCGCAGUUGACGCUAUACUACCCCCGUGGGCUGAAAGGCAUCGGCCUUUCACUCAAUGGCAGGAUCCGGUAAGUGCCUCAUUCAUUGAGCUUUUUAAGAACCACGCUAAUCAUAAUCGAUUAGACUGGGAUAACUCCUGGGACUGCGGCGCGUACAAAGGUCUCGAGAUGCAAAAGGCGGAGCAAGGGACAAAGUAA